GUGGCGUUUGAAGACAUAUUUGCAGAGCCUGACAGUACCCAUAGUAGUGACUAUGUAUGGGGAUCGUCAUUCAGGUGCUUCAACAAGAGCAAAACCUGCUGCUACAAUUGUCUGUCAACGGUGUGUGCCGUGCCGUGUGCAGUGUACUGGGGGUUGGUGUUUGCGUGCACCAUCUUCUGGCAGAUCUGGUUCAUCGUACCAAGUCUGCGGCUGCUGGCCAUCAACAUGUGGGCGGUCGGCAAGCAGAACUCCCUCUACGUGCACGCCCUGUGCGAUCCAUGGUGCGAGUCGUGUGGUCGGCUCUUCUCGCAGAUUAAAGUGCACGUAUUAAAAGAUUGA